ACUUUUACUUUAGGAGGGAUGGUUUGUGCAACAGCCUGCUCUAAACGGGUCCUCUGAGAUAUCCAGCUUUAGUGCCACAUGAAAAUGAAUGCUCUGACAGUCGGGUGGUUUGUUGUUCUGGCUCUAAUAAAAAAUUUUCCUUUUGCCCAACCAAUGUUCACAUUAGAGGGCAAAACAUACCUGACAGCUAAAGAGGGGUCCUGCGUUGAAAUUAAGUGCAAAGUCACUAAGAGUAUUGAUGUUUCUGGUGCCUACUGGUUUUGGAUAAAGGAUUCAUUUUGGACUAAGAAAGAGAAUCAAGAAUCAGAGUUUGCUGGCACUGUCAUUUACAGCUCAAAUAAAGAACAACGUCCAGUCAGUUCAGACUUUGUGCAUAGAGCGACAUACAUUGGCUCUCAGCCUUCAUUGUGGGAAUCUAAUUAUAGAUCCUCCUCAAACUGCAGUAUUUUAAUCUGCAACCUGAAUAAAAGUGACAGUGGAAAUUAUUCUUUCAGAUUUGAAGGUAAACCAAAUUGGAUAACAAAACCACCAGUCAUCCUCAACGUUAGUGAACAUCCAUGCCCAAUCACUUUUAAGCAACCAGCCCUCGUACAGGAACAUGACAAAACAACACUCACAUGCUCCACUUCAGUUUCAUGUCCUUCACACCCACAAAUUGUAGAUUUGGCACCACCGUUCCAAAUGCUGACCUCAAGGCCAGAAACAGAUGAAAAACAGAAAAGCACCUCAGUCAGUUUUGAAGUCAACUGGCAGCAUGAUGGGAAGGUGUUUUCAUGCUCAACAGCAGUUGACAAAUAUUUAAUUCGAAAUAUCACUUUAACUGUCAAAUACAUAUUGGCUCAAGUAAGCCCACAAAAUAUUGAAGAAAGGCAAAAUGUGAAACUCACUUGCUCUGCCAAAGGCCAUCCUAACCCUACCUUUACCUGGUUUAAAAAUAAAAAAAAGGCGAAGGGGAAAACGAGGGCAAUAUGGGAAAUCCCAUCAGUUGAUGAGUCACACAACGGAGAAUACCAUUGUGAAGUUCAAAACAAAAAUAAUGAGGGAAAAUCAAACUCAGUAAAUAUUACAGUUACAUAUAAGCCUGAAGUUGAGGUGAUUCCAGGUGCUUCUGUGGUUAAACAAGGAGAUAAAAUGAUUUUGACAUGUUUUGUGAAAAGAAGCAGCCCACAACCUAGCACCUAUGUUUGGCGUCUAAAUGGGAAAGCCAUUGUUAGGGAGACAACACACCAGCAUGUUGUUGAAAGAACUGAACCUGAGAACAGUGGCUUCUACAUAUGUGAAGCCACUAAUACCGUGGGUACUGGAAAAUCACAAGAAGUUCAAAUUAUAGUUGAAUAUGGCCCAAGGAAGACGAGCAUUUCCAUUAAUGAAGGUGAUACUGAGGUGAGAGUUAAUGACUCCCUUAAAUUCACCUGUAUCACUGAUGCCAAUCCUGCCCCAGGAAAAUACUCCUGGUCCCGAUUCAACGUAGCUAAGAAGUCCUACUCCUCACACUGGAAAUUCAAGACAACUGAAAGAAAUGAACUACUUUUGGUCAGUGUACAAAGAACAGAUGAAGCAUGUUAUAAGUGCAAUGCAACCAACUGCAUCAGUACAGGGGAGGAUAGUGGGCCAGUCUGCAUACAAGUGCUAUAUGCCCCGACAAAACCACAGCUGUCUAUGGAUACUGAGGUCACUGAGGGUCAGCUCAUCAACAUCACCUGCACUGUUGAAAGCUUCCCAGCUUCAGAGCUCAACCUGGAAAGGACUUACACAACAGAUUCUCAGCCUCCAGAAUGGUCUUUCACUCAACCUGACUGGCACAACAACAUUCUCCAACACACAUUUAAUGUUACUUCAGCCCACACAGGCUUUUAUAUCUGCAGGGCCACCAACAGCGAAGGUUCAGAGAAAAGCAUACAAAGGCAGUUGGUGGUGAAAUAUCGUCCCAGAAACGUGACUGUACAAGCUAAGCCUGCCUUUGUUGUAGAUGAAAACAAUUUGUUGGAGCUGCAUUGCCAUGCCCAAUGCCACCCACCACUGACCUCUGUCACCUGGAUGAAGAUGAUUGACGGGAAGAGUGAAAUCAUCCAGACGACACAGCCCUUCGUCGUUCGGUCUGUAAGUCCUUCUGACAGCGGACGGUACAGCUGUGCAGUCAGUAAUGACCUUGGAACUGCAAAUUCACAGCAAGUUGACAUUAAAAUCAAAUACGCCCCAAAACAGACAAAGAUCACGAAAAUAGCUGAGCAGCAGCAGCCUAACGGGAUGAGCUCUGUGACACUGAGCUGCAGCAGUGACAGCUAUCCCCCAAUCACACAGUAUUCAUGGUACAAGAUAAAUGAAGAGGAAAAACCCGAAAAGGUGUCUGACAACCAGACCUACACAGUGUAUUCAAACCAUCCAGGAAGCUACUAUUGCAUUGCAAAAAAUGAAAUAUAUCAUAGAUUGUCUGAAUCGGUCCACAUGUUUAAACGGGACUUCAUGAAGGCCCUGCUCAUCUUCCUUGUUCUUAUUAUCCUGCUUGUCAUUGUAAUUGUCCUUGUCUACAGACACAAGAGGAGGGAAUCAUUUCGACAAAAAACUACGAACCCACUGCCCUGUUUAGGUUUUCAGGGUUGGUGGAAUGGUGCCAGGAGGAGGAAUCGGAUGAAUGAGCAUGGCAUGCCAGAGCCUUUCAGGAGCAGAGAUGACCUCUCGCCUGACCAGCCACACCAUCCAAACAUUCCACGAUGCCAGUCUCGUCCAGACAGCACGCCUGCAUCCAACAUUAAUACCGUUUACUCUUCUGUGAAUCUGCCCUCUGGAAAACAAGGUCCUUCUGCACAAAAGCCGAACACACAACAAGGAGGACACACACAGGAUGAUUCUCUCAACUAUGCUUCGUUACACUUUGGAAAUAAGCAAAAGAAUAAACAGGCAAAAGCAGCAGAGGAUGUGUAUGCCAUGGUGUCUAAGCAAAAGCCUCCUAAAAAGAGUGACGAAAGGCUGGAGGACUACGAGAACAUCAGCACAGCACAUGCACCCAAAUGUCCACAUCCAUUAAACUACGACACAGACACCAGUGAGGAUGAAGGGGAUCUCAAUUAUUCGCAGGUGAGCUUCAAAGCAAAGUAUGGACAUCUGAGAGCCAUCAAAGACUUUAGCAGCUCUGAUGAAGAUGAGACGCAGUACUCUCAGGUCAAAAUGUGAGUUAAAAUACUUAUACAAGUACAAGCAAUUACUUAUUAGGUUUUUAUCACUUUUUUUCACUCCAAAUAUAUCAUUUUUGGCACCUCUCUGCUUUAACAAGUACCAAACAGAGGGGGGAAGUGUAUAUACAUAUGUUGUGAGCAAAACCAUGACACCAAAACAAAUUGUUUUGUCUAAACAUGCAUUUGUGUAAAAAAUUUUUGACAUUACUGUGACAUUUGUAAACAGCACAAGAUGACAUGGCUUUGAUGAUUUGCAGCAGUUCCUUUUAUUCAGGCUUGUUUAUGAAAUAUGCAUUUUGAAACAUUGUGCCAUAUGAAUAAUGUUCAUUUUAAUUACAUGCUUUAAAUUCAGCUCUUGUCUAACUAUGUAACUGCAAAUUAAAGUGCAGGAAGAAUGU